ACCGUAAAUAUACUCCUCGUUUUGAGAGGAAUGCUUCAAGACCCAGCAAUUGCCUUUAGUACGGGGUUGAUAAACUUUGGCCGGACGUAUACAAUAGCGUGUGAGGCGGAAAUUUAAAUGAUAGUGGCUAGUCAGUGAUCCGGAGAUCACUGUGGCUAGUACACAUCAAAGAGUUUCGGUUGUAAAAACAGCAGAGUGAGGAAAGUAUAAGAGAUUAUUAUGUGCUAUACGUUGCGUUAGAUAAAAGCAAAUACUGUGAAAGUGACAGGCCGGCUAUUAGCUCUAAAUCGGCGUGGCACGAGUUUUUGUUCGCAUGUUGCUACCUUGCUCAAGAGAACAUCGACCAUGCAUAUGUUUAUGGCAAGCCUUAGUUUGCUCUAUAUCUUUUGGGUUACAACGACUGUUUUGCUUAAACAGUCACAGCGUCAACAGAUUUUUGUAAACACAUCGAACGUAAUUUUUGUUACCGACAGGGAAUACCUCAGUAUUGCCAUAGACACUGCCCUUAUACGCAACAGAUGGGUGCGACGAAAUCUUUGUUCCAGGGAAUUAAUUGCUCUCACAAGGCCACUUGCACCAGCCUAUCUCCGAAUGGGAGGAACAGCAGCAGAUCAACUUAUUUUUGUACCAAAUGAGGAAACAAAUCAAGAAGAUGUUUUGUUAUCGAAGCCUUUGGUGGCUGCUAAGGCACAACAUGUGGAAUAUUGUGAUUAUGGCUACCAUUGUAACCGGAAUAUCUCGGAUACAUUCAAUAUGACAGUGGAAGACUGGUUGACAGUGAACCGUUUUGUUCAAGAAACAGAUCUGGGGCUGUUGUUUGACCUGAAUGUGUUGUUGAGGCAUAACAACACGUGGGACAGUACAAAUGCAAAGAAGUUGUUGACUGUAUCAACAGGUUUUGCUUGCAAUGUUUCAUGGCAACUUGGAAAUGAACCAAAUUCAUUCAAACAUGUUUUUGGUGUCAACAUAUCAGCGAAACAGCUUGGGAAGGACUUCAAAGAACUGCGUCGAUUGCUGGAUGAAUUUCCUUCCUGCUACAAGAACUCUAAUUUAGUGGGACCAGAUGUGACGAGACCUAAACUACUUCAGUUGCCAUCUGCCAGUUUUAUGCACAAGUUCUUGAAGGCUGCUAAUGGUACUGUCCGUGCUGCUACAUUUCACCAGUAUUAUGUGAAUGGUAGAACUGCAAAGCUGAGUGACUUUCUGAACACUAGUGUGCUGGAUCAACUUGCGGAUGAAAUAAAUGUAAUGAAAUUGGCUGUACAUACUGUGGACAAUAGUUUACCACUAUGGUUAACAGAGACGAGUUCAGCAUGGGGUGGUGGUGCCAGGGGUCUUUCUGACACAUAUGCUGCAGGCUUCAUGUGGCUAGAUAAACUAGGACUUGCAGCUAAACUUGGAAUCAGUUUGGUCAUACGGCAGACCUUAUGUGGUGGCCAUUAUUCUCUAAUUGAUUGUGAUAAAUUUGAACCUCAUCCAGACUGGUGGCUGUCUGUGUUGUUCAAGAAACUUGUUGGACAGAAGGUAUUUUCUGUAAAACAAACAGCUUCUGACACAGUCAGAAUGUAUGCUCACUGUGCAAAUCCUGAUGCUGGUGAAGGAUCAGUAACAUUAUAUGGCCUUAAUACUGGGAACGAACCUGUAUGGUUAAAUAUCAAAGGCAUAGAAGGUCCCGCUAAUGCGUAUAUACUUAGCAGUGACAAAGGUCUUCGUUCCAGGUCAGUUUUGCUUAAUGGAAAGCCACUUCAUUUCAAUAAAGACAGAACCCUGCCACCAGUUAUUCCACUCAAUGUAAGUCUGGAUGAGGCAAUACUGAUCCCAGGCUUUUCUCUUGGUUUCUGGGUUACUGCUGUCUACAAAGUUCAAGAAUGCUAUAUUCUGUAACUUUCAAAUUUUGAGCCUUAAAUUUUUUGAAUGUCAGCAUGUGUAUUGAAAUCACUUAAGUACUGUAUUUACUUGCAUAUAAAAGUUCCAAUGAAAUGUAUUACUUGCAGUAUGGUUAUAUUAAUGCAGCAAAGGAUUCUAGGAAAAUAGUUUUUAAACAUAUGUACAAUAUAAAAAUAUUUCAUAUCUGAAGACUGCUAAAGUGCCUUCCUGGACAUAGCUCUUCACUUUCUGUAUCCAACAGAUGUUUCAAAGCUGUAAUCUCAAUUAAAAUCAGUCUGCCUUAUAUUAUUUUCAUACUUACAGCAAGUGGAGUUAUAGUCCAAAAAAUACAACUGUUCCAGUAGUUAACUUUAUUAGUGCAAUUAAUCAGCCUUGUACCAUAUGUACAUUAGUGUAUAGCAUAUGUCUGUACAAUGUUAUUAUACAAUGUAUAAUCUAAAAUGAUGAAAAACAUUUGAUUCACCUAGUGAGUUGCUGUAUUAUCAAUAUAUUUACUGUAAAACAGUAAUUAUGUGUCUUUGUAGCCUUGCUGCAUUUGAAUGUGUAGUCAUGUAACUGCAAACAGAGUAAACUAUUUAACAAUU